GGACCAGGGCUAGGGCGGAGGGCGGAACUUUUGGGCCCGGCGCGGCGGGGUGGCCGGAAGCGACGGUGUGGACCGAGCUCCGGGCGCGCGAGGCAGAGAAGAGCGGUCGGGCCGGGACUGCUCAGUGGGCCUGAGCCUCCCAGACCUGGGACAGGGCGUCCCCAGCCUGGUCCGGCUAAGAUCCCAACCCUCUUCCCACCCGGGGCGCUCAGAGGAGGAAGGGGAAGGCCCAGGCCCUGUUGGUUCGGGACACCUGGGUCUCGCUCACACCUCACGUUCUUGCAGCGUCCUCUGUGUCCGAGCGCCGGGGCAGGUAGCGAGGCUGGGGCCUGACCCCGGGUUGUAGGUGAGUCGUACCAACAACGACUCAGCACCCCGGGUGGUGAGCGCUGGGGACACCCUCGGCGGCGUGCUGAUUCCGGAGCCAGGGCUGACCCCAGCUCGACACUUUGCACGGUGUGGCCUGGGAGAAUGAGUAGGAUUUUCGCAGGCCGAAGGGAAACCCGGCGGAGGAGGGCUUCCCUCGCUAGUGUAGCAGUUUCCGUUUGCCGAGACUAAUAGUAAACUUAAUAUCUGUCGGAUGGCGUGGGGGUUCGUCUCGUUCCUGGCUUACAGAUGAAGAAACAGUGGUCUGAACCCAGAUUUAGUUACAUAUUAGCUGUGUGACCUUGGGCCGGAAACGGACUUAAACUGUCAUUUUUCUCAUCCGUGUAAUACAAAUAGAGGACUUGCUGCGUGGGGCUGUGGGAAUCUGCCAGGAGUUAAUGCAUUUAAAGUGCUUAGCACAAUGCCUGACACACGCACUCUGCAUCUUACACCAGUUACAUAUUUGUCUCCAUUGUCAAACGCAAGGCACUGCUAGAUGCUGAGAGCAACACACUGACGCAAAAGACUUGAAACUUGCCCUUAAGGAGCUAAUGUGGCCUGAAAGUAUGGCAGGAUUUCUAUAGUGUAUCUAGCAUGAGUUCCAGAUCUUGGCAUUUUAUCCACCUUCGACACUCUUAUCUCCACCUCCUGGAGAAUAAAUGGGAUUUGCAUGAAUUCCACAUUCUGAAUUGAAAGACAGACUGCAUUGCUAAUAGCCUUUUCUUCUGAUUGUUAAUAACAGCUCCAGAAAAUUAAAUGUCGUCAGAAGACCGAGAAGCUCAGGAGGAUGAGUUGCUGGCCCUGGCGAGUAUUUACGAUGGAGAUGAAUUUAGGAAAGCAGAGUCUGUCCAAGGUGGAGAAACCAGGAUCUAUUUGGAGUUGCCGCAGAAUUUCAAGAUAUUCGUGAGCGGCAAUUCAAAUGAGUGUCUCCAGAAUAGUGGCUUUGAAUACACCAUUUGCUUUCUGCCUCCACUUGUGCUGAACUUUGAACUGCCACCAGAUUAUCCAUCCUCCUCCCCACCUUCAUUCACACUUAGUGGCAAAUGGCUGUCACCAACUCAGCUGUCUGCUCUUUGCAAGCACUUAGACAACCUGUGGGAAGAACACCGUGGCAGCGUGGUCCUGUUCGCUUGGAUGCAGUUUCUUAAGGAAGAGACCUUAGCAUACCUGAAUAUUGUCUCUCCUUUUGAGCUCAAGAUGGGUUCUCAGAAAAAGGUGCAGAGAAGGAUGGCUCAAGCCUCCCCCAGCACAGACCUAGCUUUUGGAGGAGCUGCUGGAUCCGAUGUUGACCAAGAGGAAGUUGUGGAUGAGCGAGCGGUGCAGGAUGUGGAAUCACUGUCGAGUCUGAUCCAGGAAAUCUUGGACUUCGAUCAAGCUCAGCAGAUUAAAUGCUUUAACAGUAAAUUGUUCCUGUGCAAUAUCUGUUUCUGUGAGAAGCUGGGUAGCGAAUGCAUGUACUUCCUGGAGUGCAGGCACGUGUACUGCAAAGCCUGUCUAAAGGACUACUUUGAAAUCCAGAUCAGAGAUGGCCAAGUUCAGUGCCUCAACUGCCCAGAACCCAAGUGUCCUUCGGUGGCCACUCCUGGUCAGGUCAAAGAGCUAGUGGAAACAGAGUUAUUUGCCCGCUAUGACCGUCUUCUCCUCCAGUCCACCUUGGACUUGAUGGCAGAUGUGGUGUAUUGUCCCCGCCCCUGCUGCCAGUUGCCUGUGAUGCAGGAGCCCGGUUGCACCAUGGGCAUCUGCUCUAGUUGCAAUUUUGCCUUCUGCACCUUGUGCAGAUUGACUUACCACGGGGUCUCUCCAUGUAAGGUAACUGCUGAGAAAUUAAUAGACUUACGAAAUGAGUACCUGCAAGCAGAUGAGGCCAAUAAAAGAUUUUUGGAACAGAGGUAUGGCAAGAGGGUGAUUCAGAAGGCGCUGGAAGAGAUGGAAAGUAAGGAAUGGCUAGAAAAGAACUCAAAGAGCUGCCCGUGUUGUGGGACUCCCAUAGAGAAAUUAGAUGGAUGUAACAAGAUGACAUGUACUGGAUGUAUGCAAUAUUUCUGUUGGAUUUGCAUGGGUUCUCUCUCUAGAGCAAACCCUUAUAAACAUUUCACUGAUCCUGCUUCCCCGUGUUUUAAUCGGUUGUUCCAUGCUGUGGAUGUUAAUGGAGAUAUUUGGGAAGAUGAGAUUGAAGAUUAGUUAACUCCUGCUCAAGAUAAGGAAAUGGAAUGGUUUACCCAAAUCUUGUGUCAAGUACACAAAAUAGUUUUGCAGGCUAUUUAGGGUACCAUUUAUGCACUCAUCCUUUGUAGAAGAUGUGGAAGAACAAGGUUUAUAUUUCCAUGUGGUACUACUGAUAAAGGCACAUGCACACGUUUUUCAAUGUAACAUAGAGAAAAUUAUAAGCCAAAGGUUCAAUGAAAACUAGACAAUAUUAAAUACUACAGUGUGCCCGAAGCUCUGAAUAGUUAAAAAGUAAAUAUUUAUUUUCUUCCCCAAGUUUUAGGUGAAGAGAGGAGUCAAGAGUUAAAGUUAUAGACCUUUUUAUCUGAAAGCAUCCCUCUAAGACAUUAGGGGGAGUCCCCUCAGUACUGCUCCUUAUGACUGGGGUAGGUAGAAAGAAGCCUUAUUAAAAUUGUACCAAGAGCCUGAUCUCAUUUACUCCAUGUCAUGUUCCUUUCACCCUAAGUUUCUGCCAAGUGACUUUUCUUUGAGGAAGCCCUUUUACUCAGUAACUGAUUGGAUGACCCAGUGUCAUUUUGAUCUGCUUUUCAGAAUAGAAAUUUAUAGAUAAUUUAAAAAAUAUUUUUAAUGCCAAAAACACUGUGGGCCAGCUGGUAUUUAUUAGUGGGGUAUAGUUCACUGGUUUUGAGCCCAGUCUAGAAUUUAAUGAUACUGGCUCAGAAGAAUUUCAGUCCUAUUCAGCUCUUCUGGGCGGUAGAGCCUGGAUUCAAAAUGUCUUGUCUUUGCUACCUUUUGUUCUAUGCUCUCUCCCUUCACUCAUGCCCUACCUUCCAUUAGUAAGGACAAUUUUAAUAUUAACUCCAGCAGCUCAUAUUUUUAUUUAUGCUGGAAUAGGAGAAAGCCUAAUAUAUUCCCAAGCUGAACAAGCUGCAUUUUUAAAAAUUACCUCUAUUUUGAACUCCCCACCAUUGUAGUUCGAGUCCCAAUUUUCUGAAUUCUUUUUAAAGGUCUUCUCUAAUGAGCUGUGGAAAUUUGGCUUCCUACCCUUUUUUGCAACAGCACUAUUUUGGGGGAUAAUUUUGGCUUGAUUCCUAGAUCCCUGUUUCUGGAUUUUGAUGGCUUUUUGAAAAAUUGUCUUUCCUUGUGGUUUGGUGAAUGGCUUGGUAGCAAAAUGAUUUUUUGAAAAAGAGGACAGAGGGAUACAGCUGCAGCUGUGAACAUGUUCUUUUUUCCCAACUUGUCAUUGAAAAUUGGGGAAUCACUUUUAACCAUUUUAUGUGUGUGUAUCCAGAGUCAGCAAGGACUGUUUCUGGAUUGUCAAUGAGGCUGCUUAAUCUUAAAAAAUAAAAAUAAUUUAAAAAUUGUCUUAUAAUUAGAGCAGAGUUGCUGCUGUUCUGUCUCCAAGGCAACUGAUCACAUUUUUAAAAAAUUUUAUGGCAUGUAACACAUAUUCUUAAAGUGAACAGAAAAAAAGUCAUGGAAUAGCACCUGUUCUUUUACCCAGACUCGUGACUGAACUUAGGUUUUUAGGGCCCAUAUUUUGUUUCAACCAUAUGGUUCAUGAGCUUUCGUUUUGCACAUUUUAUAUAAGAACUAAAGUUAAUUUCAUAUAUAUAUAUAUAUAUAUAUAUUUUUUUUUUUUUUUUUUUUUAAGCUUACUUGUGUAUUUUUGAGAGGGGCAGAGAGAGGGGGAGAGAGAGAAUCCCAAGCAGACUCUGCACCAUCAUCAUGGAGCCUGAUGUGGGGCUCGAACCCAUGAGACUGCGAGAUCAUGACCUGAGCCGAAAUCAAGAGUUAGACACUUAACCAACUGAGCCAUCCAUGUGCCCCAGAACUAAAGUUAAUUUCUUAAAGAAUAAGUUGAAAAUAAUAAUAAAAAAAGCAUAAGUUGAAUAUAAUAAAUGUAAAUUAAAACGCUUAUACAGCAUAUACCUCAGAAGAGUGGCUCUGUGAUGGAAUGGGAAUUCAGUUGAGAUGUUUUCACUAGUAGCCACUCAGAAGUUCUUUAGUUCAUGGACUAGUUGGUAUUUGAUAGAGACUAUUUUAUUUUAGGGUUUUGCACAUUAUGUUGUUGAUAAAGUGGAAGUAGGAAAGAAAGCUUUAUAAUGCACUUCUAUAAAAGAAAUGGGAGGUUUCUCUUUACGAUUUUAAAAAACACAGGUGGUUAGUCUUAGACUUGUUUGUUCAUCUGAAUGUUCCAUCCUUUCUUCCUUAGGUACAAAAUUUUCACCAUCCAAUUAUAGCAAAGACAAUAGGGCUUAUAAAGUCUUAUUUUUGAAGCAUGUGUUAUGAGGUAAUUUUAAGAUGGUACAGUUCUCCUGGGGUGCCUGGGUAGCUCAGUCGGUUAAGGGACCGACUUGAGCUCAGGUCAUGAUCUCGUGGUUCACGAGUUUGAGCCCCGCAUCAGGCUCUGUGCUGACAGCCCAGAGCCUGGAGCCUGCUUCAGAUUCUGGGUCUCCGUCUCUCUUUGCCCCUCCCCUGCUCACACUCUGUCUCCCUCUCAAAAAUAAAUAAAAACAUUAAGGAAAAUUAAAAAAAAAAAAAAGGUGGUACAGUUCUGGGUGGAGUAUUUUUUUAAUAUAUGUGCUGCCAAAGCGAGCACAAUAGAGUACUUUUUAAAAUUUUAUUUAUUUGGAGAGGGAGAGUGCAUGCGUGAGUGGGGGGAAGGGGUAGAGAAAGAGGGAGGAUCCCAAGCAGGCUCCGUGCUGUCAGCGCAGAGUCUGAUGCAGGGCUCGAUCCCAUGACCUGAGCCAAAAUCAAGAGUUGGACACUUAACCUACUGAGCCACCGAGGUGCCCCUUGGGUAGAGUACUUUUGUCUCUGAGUAAAAUGAAAGAUUGGGGUAACCACACAUGCCCUGUGAAAUACAUGACUUUGUGGAAGGUUGGUAUAUCAAGAAACUAUAUGAUAGAAUAAGGAGUGUUGUACCUAGUUUAAUUUCAUGAAGGCCUUUUGUUACAAGUGGGCCGAGAUUUGUCAUAAAUUGACAUGAACCUCAUGUAUCCUUUUGGUGGGCAUGAGAGAGCAAAGGGUCCCUGUACAGACUGCCAGGUCAUCAUGUUCAAAAGUGUAGUUUGAAGAGGUUGCAUCUCUUGAUUUAAAUAAAAGGUUUGAGUCUAGAACAGAUAAAUGAAAAUAAGCUACAGAAUAACUUGCAAAGUCAAAAUACAAGUUUAGUGACUUUUUAAGGUUGUGAUUGAACAGACCUAAGGGCCCACUUUGUCAAUUGAAUUGCAUCUUGUCCCAUUCUCUUUUGAAGUAAACAUUUUUAGAAGUUUCAGAUUUACAGAAAAAUUGCAGAGAUAGUACAGAGUUCUGUUGUAUUCCACACAGGCUUCCCCCUAUUACUAGCAUCUUACAUUAGUAUGAUACAGUUGUCACAAUAAUGAACAAAUAUUGAUUAUUAGUAACAAGAGUCCAUACUUGUUUCAGAUUUCUUUAGUUUUUUUCCUAAUGACCUUGAGCUGUUUGCAGAUCCCAUCUAGGAUACCUCCUAUUACAUUUAGUCAUCAUGCUUUCUUAGGCUCCUCUUGGCUGGCACAGUCAAGAUCCCAUCCAUUUUUUUUGUUAAUAUUAGUUAAACAGCCAUUAGAUCUUGAUGUACCUGGGUUGGUCACGAGCUGAAACCUUUUCUUUUUUCUUUUCUUUUUUUUUUUUUUUUUGCAUGUACACAUGAGCAGAGGAUGGGGGGCAGAGGGAGAGGAAGAGAGAGAAUCCUAAGCAGGCUCUGUGCCCAGCAAGGAGCCCAGCGCGGGGCUUGAUCCCACAAGUGUGAGAUCAUGACAUGAGCCUAAGUCAAGAGUUGGACACUCAACUGACUGAGCUACCCUGGUACUCCUGAAAACCUUUUCUUGAAGACUGAUGACCUAAUCCUAGCAGGCUCAGCAAAUCAUUGAACAUUUUGUUUGAGGUCUUUUUGUAGCUUUAAAUCCGUUAUUUCUCAGGACAUUUCACUGGCUUUGUAUGGAAUUUUAGGCAAUGUACCUGUUAUGGUCAUUUUCCAAAUCAGCUUAUUGAGGAAAUCGUGAAACUGGGUAAGUUUUUUGUUUUUUGGGUUUUUUUUAAGAUUUUAUUUUUGAGUAAUUUCUAUACCUGACGUGGGCCUCAGACUCAAACUCCUAAGAUUGAGUCGCAUGCUCUACUGACUGAGCCAGCCAGGUACCCCUAAACUGGGUAAGGUGAUGAGACUUGUGGGUCAUCUGGACCCACAGGCCUGAGAGGGCAAGCUUGCAGUCUCAGCUAAAUACUGCAGCCAGCAAGUAAGGAGAUGGAUAACAGAGAAGAGACUUGGCAGCCACUCUCCCAGUCCUCUAGUAUUGUCAGCAAGGUCAUUUUGUUUCUUAAAUUUAUUGAAGUAAUCUCUACACUCAGCGUGGGGCUCGAAAUCACAACCCCGAGAUCAAGAGCCGCAUACUCUUCUGACUGAGCCCGCCACAUGCCCCAGCGGGGUUAUAUUUUUGGAGUAGAUGGUUCUAAUUUACUUUAGAAAUCCCUUAAUAUACUUAAGAUUCAUUUUUUGUUGUUGUUAGGAGAAAAGUAGAGUUGAUUAGAUAGAAUAAUCAUAAAUCCAUGUGGCUGCCUGCUUUGGAAGGAAAUUUUGGAGAGCCCACCAAGUAUUACUUUGUCGUAAGCAUCGCCAGCAGGUGGCAGCAGUUUCCAUGUUCUAAAAAUGCAGUACAUGAUUAAGAGAGAAGCAGUAUUUUAUUUUGCUACAGAAACAGGCUUAUUUCUGGGAUUUUCAUUUUCCUCAUUGUGUUUGAUUGUAGUCCACUAUCCACACAGGGAGGUAGAAUGGCAACUUAACGACAUCAGCAAGGCAGGAGCAGCAGUGUUAUCCAAACUGUGAGGCCACUUAAAACUAUACUUGAACCAUAGUUGGCAUCCAGUUGUUACAUAGAAAGUGUCACUUGUGCAUCCCUUGGUAAACAGACUGUUAUAUCUGAAGCUCCUAAGUGUGACGGAUAAGUCAUAACACCGGCACCAUCGGAUACUGGAAAGAAGAGCCAAAUAGUCUGCUCCCUGAACUUUCGCUCAAUGAAAAAAUCAGCCAGCAAACCAGGCUGGGCCUUUGUAGUCAGAGAGCUGGCUUUGAGGAUGUUCUUAACGAAGGUUAAUGCUAAUUAUCCACUUGCAGCAUUCACAGUCCAGUCCUUGCGCAAUGAUUCAGGUCGCCUAAAGAUUUGCCACUCCCAAGGAUUCGCAUACUUCUCUGAGCCACAGGACGCCUUGGAGAAGACUGUGCACGCUGAAAACUUAGUGAGAUUCUGAUCCCAAAGUUGUAAAUACUAAGUCAACAUAGUUACUUUUUUCCCUUGCUUGGCUUUUUCCCCCCUUCGCUGAACCAACAAACUAAACUAAUAUUAAUGUCAAUGCAUGGAAAUUUAGAUGAUGAUGCGUGUCUUAUUCCCAUUCCCACUCCAUUUCUUGCAGCCUACUAUGUUCCUAGUAUUCAUUCACUUGCUUACCAAGUAUUUAUUGCACACCUUAUGAUGGGCCUUCCUGUUUUCCUAGGUGCUGAGAAUGUAGCAGUGAAUAAAACAGACCUAGAUCUCUCCCCUUAUGCAACUUUAAAUUCUGGUAGAAGGAGACAGACACUAAGGAACUAAUAUGGUUGAUCAGAAGUGAAGUUGGUUGAGGAAGUAGGGAGAUCGGGGAGGCAGAGUGAUGUUGGAAUUUUAAAAGAGUGGAGAAGACUUAUCAUCAAGAUAGCCCUGGGACAAAGGCUUGGCAGUGUGGGAGUGUACCAUGUGGGCACCUAAGAGAAGAGAGUCUGGAUAGGGAGGGCAGCAGAGGCAAGGGCUCUUGGAGUAAGAAGCAUGUUGGAGUGCUCCAGGAACAGCAUGGGAGCCAGUAGGAACCGAAGAGAGAGUAGGAAGAGUUAGGAUAGCAGAGGCUGACUGCUUGAACUUGGGCUUCUGCUCUAAGAUGGGAGCCUUUGGAAGGCUUCGAGCAGAAGUGUGAGAGGGUCUUAGGUUUUAGGAGAGUGUGUGAGCAAGGGUAGAAACAGACCAGUUAGAAGACUACUGCAGUGGGGUGCCUGGGUGGCUUAGUCGGUUAAGCGUCUGACUCUUGAUUUAAACUCAGGUCAUGAUCUCACGGUUUGUGGGUUCGAGCCCCGCAUCAGGCUCUGCGCAGACAGUGUACAGCCUGCUUGGGAUUGAUUCAUUCAUUCUCUCUCUCUCACUGUCUCUCUCUCUCUCUCUCCCCCUCUCUCUCCCACUCCACCCCUUCCCUGCCCCACGCCCCCCCCCCCACUCCUACUCUGCUUGUUCUUUCUCAAAUAAACUUAAAAAAAGUACCAAGAAAAUGUUUUAAAAAAAAGAAGGGAGACUAUUGCAGCACUCAGGUGACAAGUGCAGGUGGCUUGGACCGGCAUGUCUGCAGUUGGAAUCUUCUUAAGUGGUCACAUUGUGUACUUACCUUAAAGGUAAAACUUCAAGGAUUCACCGAUAGAUUGGAUAUAUAAUAUGAGAAAGUGAGGCGUCAGAAUUGAUUCCUAGCUCUUUUUGUCUCGGGUUGACAAGGGGAAAACUAGGUGGCAGAGAUUUUCUGGCGAAGGUCAGGAACUUAGUUUUGGACAGAUGAGUUUGAGACACCUGGCAGUUAAUUCAAUGGAGAUGUUGGGUAGGCAGUUGGGUAUUGUAGUCUGGAGUUCAAGGGAGAGUCUCUGGCUGAAGAUGGAAAUAUGGGAGUCUGUGUAUAGAUGGUAUGUGAAGCCACGGGACUGGAUGAAAUUACCAAGAGAGUGAGUUACAUGGGGAGAAGAAGUCCAAAGGCUAAGUCUUGGAGCACUCCAGAUGCCAAGAGUUCAGGGCAAUGUGGAGGACCCAUCAGAGUAGACAGUGGCUACUCAGGGGAAAUCAGCAGACUGUGAUAUCCUGGAAGCCAUGUGAAGUUUGAAGGAAGCAGUGGUCAGCUGUCACAUACUGCAAAUAGGUCAAGUAACAGGAGCUCUGAGCAUUGAAUUAGCGAUCUACGUAGUCAUUGGUGACUUUGACAAGUAGUGUUUCAAUGGAAGGGAGGGGGAAAUCUGGAGUGUGUUUGAGAAGACAUGGGGUAGCCUCACAACAAGAAAAAAUGUUGAGCACACUGAAAAUCAGCUUCUCUUUGACCCAUCAAAGAAUAGAGGUCACAGAGCAAGCCACCACAAAAACUAGAGAAAAAAUAUGCAGAAAAUACAGAUCACUUCACCUAAAGGAGAAGCUAGAGCCAGUAAUCAGGAUUGAAGUGAAUUGCUGGGGGCUGAGUGUGGGCUAGCUUGAGAGUUUAAAACUCCUGGGAGUUACUCUAAGGGGUUGCCCACACUUUGGUGGGUUUUACGUCCCGGAGCUUCCCCAGGUUCUCAUUGUGAAGAUGGCAGAAAAUUCUCCUCUUGUAAGGGGGCUGGGGGGUAGUAGCCAUUUCAAAAUACACCCAGAGCUUUCUGUUAACUUGGCAGAAGACUGCCCUCAGGGAAAACUACUUGUCUUCUCUGACCUUGGGGAAGGGCUGUUGGAUAGCGUAAGCCCCUUCCUUCCUUUCUCACAUAAGGAAAAAAAAAAGGCUAAGAAACUUCUAAAGUUCUCAGCCCAGGACUCUGGCUCAUAAAAAAGACAAAAUAGAUUUACUCAUAAGAUACAGAAGAAUUCUCCCUAGUCCCAUACCAUCAGUAGGACUCCAGUAUUACUAUAGUGGAUUACAGCUUUUGAAGAAGCUGCAACACACCGACUUUAUUUCAAGAAGGAAUUUCUAGGGAAAACCAGAAAGGGAAGACUGAAAACAUGGACACUGAAGGAAAUCAAAACCUCUGACACCUGCAGCAGGCAUCGAACACAGCCUAGCUGUAAGCCAGAUAAACAUAACACCUCACACUAAAGGCCUAUUCACCUCAGUUCCUAUUACCCAAUAUAUAUCAUGUCAAACUUCCAAUAAAAAAUAUACAAGGAUGCUCAGAAGCAGGAAAAAAAAUCUGAUGAGACCAAACAGACACCAGAACCAGACUGAUAUGGCAGAGAUUCUAGAGUUAUCAGACUGGGAAUUUAAAGUAACUAUGGUUAAUAUACUGAGGUCUCUGAUGGAAAAAGUGGACAACAUACAAGAACAGGUGAGUCAUGUAUGCAAAAUAUGGAAACUAAGAAUCAAAAAGAAAUGCUAUGAACAAAAACAACGGAAAUUAAUGCCUUUGAGGGGUCCAUCCGUAGACUUAAAACAGCUAAGGAAAGAAUCCGUGAACUUGCAAGUAUGUCAGGAGAAAUGUUCCAAGCGGAAAUUUGAAGAAAAAGAAUAAUUUUUUAAAGGGACAGAAUAUCCCAGAACUGUGAGACAGUUACAGAGGUAUAAGGUAUACAUGGUGGUAAUGCUGGAAGAGAGGGAGGGAGGAGAGAGCUAGAGUACAGGUGACUCCAGGAUGGGGCAAACCUGGUGAAGAGUUUUGUUUUUAAAGCUUGUUUUGUAUGCUGAUAGGAGUGACCCAGGAAAGCAGGACAGUUUGAUGCUGCAGGUGAGCGAGAAUCUUGCUGGAAUGAUGCCCUCAAGGAGGCAAGAGAAGGAUCUAGUGCACAAGUGGAGGGACUGGACAAGCAGCGAAUAACAGGAAGAAGGGAAACCAUGAGAGCAGGGCUGGCAGGUGGGUGCGCGUGAUGGUGGAGCUUAUGGACGUUGUCUUGAUUACUUUGAUUUUCAAGGUCACAGCUGAGAGAAAGGCUAGAGGAAGAGUGGUUGGAGGCUUGAGGCCUUAUAAAUUAGAGGAGACCGAACAGACUAGGGGAAUAUCGUGUGGUUGCCAGCCGGUGUUAAGGCUCCCUUGAAGCCUGAAUUAUUAUGUUCUGUUUUAUUUAUCAUUCUUCAAUAACUCUGUAUUUUGUUAAAAUGUAUUUUAUUGGAAACGUA